UGGUGAGCCGUGCGAUUUUUCAAACUUAAAAAAAUAUGUCUUGGCUCAAUAAAGGAUGGGAAUCACUGGUUUAGUCUUCCUGAAGACAAUUGUCCAUUUUUCAGGUGACGAUUUUUUAAAAAUAAACUGUGCUGCUGCUGCUUACGUGGACGCGCUCACACGCACGCACGCACACUCGCAACCCCGUAGGUGUUCACAUGCAAGAAACCUCGCGCCUCAUCAGCUACUGCAACAAGCGGGCAUCUCACUCCUCGGCACGUCCACAGCAGGGAAGCCGGACAUGAAAAUGUGCGCCUCGAAAGAGGCAGGCUUGGCUCCAACUCUUCUUAAAUCAGCUGAAUUGUCUUGAAGGAUUUGUGUGUCGGUUUCGUCUGCGACUCUUCUGCUGACGCGCACUUACCACGCGCGCUCCAUUGCACACAUGAUCGACGAGCAAACGUGCAGCCUGAUUUGGUGCUGCGUUUAGGGAACUUGACAUUGACUCGGGUGCUUUUUUGAGGGCGGAAGCGGGCGGGGAGCCUUCUAAUCGUCACACUUGCGCGCGUGGGAAAUGGAGAGUGGACUCCGUGGGCGGUUUACUGCGUGUCCGCACCUGAGCAGGUGGACGGUCGGCGCCACAGGUGAAUGAAUGCACGAGUAGGUUGAAGUGCGUGGCAUCGAACGUUUUACCCGCACCGCGCCGUGACGAUGGACCUGAAGGUGGAACGGGAGGAAACGGACACCCAUCAUCCCCCACCGAUUGAAGUUUUCGCUCACAGGUCCACGCUGCACGGCAUCUCGCACAUUUUCACCUACGAGCGCUUCUGCUUCCGACGUUGCCUGUGGCUCGUCGUCUUCUUUGCCUCCCUCGCCGUGCUGAUUUUCGUGUGCGUGGACCGAAUCCAUUUCUACUUGGAGUAUCCGCACGUCACCAGAUUGGACGAGGUCGCCAGCCCGAUCAUGACGUUCCCCGCGGUGACUUUCUGCAACCUCAACGCCUUCCGCUUCAGUCGCGUGACACGCAACGACUUGUAUCACGCAGGGGAGCUGCUGGCGCUGCUGAACCACAGGUACGAGAUCCGAGAUGUGCAUCUUGUGGAGGAGAGCGUUUUGGAGAGUCUGAAGGUCAAAUCUGACUUCCAUAACUUCAAACCGCGACCUUUCAACAUGCUGGAAUUCUACGACCGUACCGGCCACGACAUCCACGACAUGCUGCUCUCUUGCCACUUCCACGGCAGCGAGUGCAGAGCUGACGACUUCAAAGUGGUCUUCACUCGCUAUGGUAAAUGCUACACCUUUAAUGCCGGCGAUAAGGAUCGUCCGCCCCUCAUAACCACCAAGGGAGGGAUGGGGAAUGGACUGGAGCUCAUGUUGGACAUCCAGCAGGACGAGUACCUGCCUGUCUGGGGAGAAACGGAGGAGACGUCAUUUGAAGCCGGAGUCAAAGUGCAGAUCCACAGUCAAGAUGAACCGUCUUCCAUCGAUCAGCUCGGUUUCGGAGUGGCACCUGGAUUCCAAACGUUUGUCUCUUGUCAGGAACAGAGGCUGAUAUAUCUCCCACCACCAUGGGGUGACUGCAAGGUGACACCCAUGGACUCCGACUUCUUUGACACUUACAGCAUCACAGCCUGUCGUAUUGACUGUGAAACACGCUACCUCGUGGACAACUGCAACUGCCGCAUGGUGCACAUGCCAGGCGAUGCACCCUACUGCACCCCGGAGCUGUACAAAGAAUGUGCUGAUCCCGCUCUGGAUUUCUUGGUUCAGCGAGAUAAUGAUUUCUGUGUGUGUGAAACACCAUGCAACAUGACCAGAUACAGUAAAGAACUGUCCUUUGUAAAAAUCCCCAGUAAGGCCUCUGCUAAAUAUCUAGCAAAGAAAUACAACAAAUCUGAGCAGUACAUCAAGGAGAACCUCCUGGUUUUGGACAUCUUUUUUGAGGCUCUCAACUAUGAAACCAUUGAACAGAAAAAGGCUUAUGAAGUGGCCGGACUAUUAGGUGAUAUUGGUGGUCAAAUGGGACUUUUCAUUGGCGCAAGCAUACUUACCAUUCUGGAGAUAUUCGACUACCUUUAUGAGGUGAUAAAGUACAAGCUGUGUGGCUGCUCUGAUAAAAAGCACAAACACGACAACAAUGAUCAGGGUACUGUGCUCAGCCUUGAUGACGUCAAGUGUCACGUCAGUAACUUCCAUUAGGUGUCCACAGUUUCGGAAAGCCUCCAGGGACUUUGUUCACUUUUUGUAAGCCAACAGGAAAAAGUAUCUCAACGGUGCCUGAACUUUGGGGCAGAAGCCAAGAAAAUGACAUGCUCAGAUGGCAGAAGUGCAGCGAUGAACACAAGUGACUUUGA